GAAGAGGACAGAGAGAACGGCCAGAUAAGCUGUUGAAGUCCCGGGACCCUCCCAGCCUCAGAGAAUCUGAAAUCAGGCACGCGGUCCUGCAACUUGCGUGCAAGAGCGUCCCACUGGAGUGAGACAGGCAAGGUUAAAAAUUACCCCCAAACGCAACUGAAAGACUGAAUGGUGGACGAGGCUAUCCACACGGCCAUAGGCAGCGCGAGCGAGCAGCGGCUCCUUGGAAGGAGCGGCCAACAAGGUCGGGCGACAUGUCAGUGGCCCACCCCCGCACGCAGCCGGCGCGUGCGCCACUUUACUGCACGAGAACGGCCAUCCUGGCGCAUCCCGUGCCACGACCCCGGGAAAAGAGGAGACGAGAGGGGAAGGACGGAGGAGGGGAAGGAUUGAGGGGGAGAAGGAGGGAAAAGGGAACGCAAAAACAAUUCCGACUCCGAGCGUGCGAAAUAUUGACCACGCGGCCAGGGCAGAGACGAAGCCUGAUGAAAGAAAUUCGUUAUGUUGCCUCCUCCCCGCAACGGCGCUGCAGUCAAGCGCGCGCGACUGGAACGAAGACGCGCGCACUCCAAACCGCCGAGGAGGGGGAGAGGAGGAAGGGGGAAUGGGGAGGGAGGAGCGAGAGAGGGGGGGGGCGAGGCGAGCGGGACGGAGGGCCACGCCUCGACCAUCGAACAGGCAACAGCGCUCAGCGCGCGCCCGCCGCGCUCCACGCGGGGCGGCCGGGGAAGAGGGAGGGGGGGGGGGGGCGCGACGCGACCGACGACGCAGCAAACGACGACAGGAAGGAGGGAGGGAGGGGGGGGAAGGCGCGGAUGGAGUCGAACGAAAAAGUACAGCCUGCGCGCCAGAGCCGCAGCCCAGAACGUUAUCCAACGGAAGGAGGCGGCGCAAACCGCGCGCGCCCGCCGCGUCCUGGCGGCUUGAGGGAGGAGGAGGAGGAGGAGGAGGAGGAGGAGGAGGAGGAGGAGGAGGAGGAGGAAGAGCAGAAGGAGGAGGGAGGACAAAAGAGACUGAACUGCCCUGCUGUUGCGCCCAAGCAACAAAAGAAAUGGCGAGCCCGCGCGUUGCCUCACGAGAACUCACGCGCCUUCUGCCGCAAGGCGCCCUCAGGGGUGCACGCCCCAGCGUGCCGUUUCCAGCAGUGCGUCAGGUAGACGCUGCACGUCAGGCGCGCGCGGCGCUGCAGCUCCCCCGAAGCAGCCGCGCUCCAGGCCGGCUCCAGCAGCACGAACCUCGCGAGCCUGGAAUGACGGGUGGCGGGGCGGGCCAACCCGAAGUGCGUCACUCCGAAUAAUGCUCGAUGGAAUCCUCGCCCACCACGCAUCCGAAGACGCAUGCUGCAUGGCCUUGGAAACGGCGCGCGGUGAUCCACCCGUUUCAGAGGGAGCGCAAGCACGCCGCGAGAACGCGGGGCAGCACCGCCCGGGACACGGCCAGAUACGCGGCCAGCGCCCUGUCGGCCAUCUCCUGCAGUCAUGCCGCAUAGCCCGCUGUAUCCCUGUGAUCACUGGGGAUACAAAAAAAGCAUAUUGCGACUCAGGCGACGACCAGGGGCCUACCUACGAAAAUGUUGGGGGGAGUGGUGAAUUGUCUAAGGCCACUGCCGC